AUGGAAGAAGGUACGAAAAGGAAAGUGAUAUACAACUUAAGUUCCAGGAUUCUUACGGAUGUUGAAGAAAGGAUAUUAACCAAAGGUUUAAAGUUUGCACCCACAACCACCACGGAUGACUUCGACAGAUUUGUAGAUGUACACAAAUUUAUUAGAAAAAUUUCUCUGAAGAAAUUUUUUGAACUGAAAAGAAGUGAAGAGGCUCCCUCAACAUCACAUCCUGUGGAAUCUACAACUCAAACCUUGCACAAAAAACCUUCCACCUUUUACCCUGCCCACAUUAAAGGAAAUUACAUUGAAACUUUCCAAAAACUGGUCAUAGAAGAUUUAAAUUCAAUCAACAAAACGGAAAAAAGGAAGAGAGUACGCCACAACUUGACAAGAAAGGAACGUGAACCAAUAAAAUCUCUCCAGGAGGACCAGGGGAUCGUAAUCAAGCCUUGCGACAAGGGCGGAGGUAUUGCCAUUUUAAAUAAAUCUGACUAUGUGAAGGAAAUAUAUCGUCAACUAUCAGACAGCAACACAUACCAAAAACUUAAGACCGACCCAUCGGCAAGAAUAAAAACCAGCUUCCAGAAACUACUAAAGACUCACCUUGAAAAAGGAGGUAUUACAGAAACAGAAUUCGCAUUUCUUAAUAUUGAAGACCCCAUCACUCCCACAAUUUAUGUAUUACCAAAAAUACAUAAGAACAGCACAUCACCCCCAGGUCGACCCAUUGUCGCCGGCACAGGAUGUCUGACAUCAAAUCUGUCAGCCUUAAUCGAUCAUGAACUCCAACCUAUAGUGACUAAGAAUCCGUCACAUCUGAAAGACACCAGUGACACCAUCAAAAAACUAGAAGGUAUAAUGUGGGACAGCGAAACCAUUAUGGUCACAGCAGAUGUUACCUCCCUGUACACCAUCAUUGAACACCAAAGAGGAAUAGAGGCCACAAUUUGGUUCCUGGACCAGACUGGAUUCUCAGAAGCAAGAAAGUCUUUCAUCAUCGAGUCCAUGGAUUUCAUCCUGAAAAAUAACUUAUUUUUCUUUGAGGGGGAUUACUACCUUCAAAAGAGAGGUACUGCAAUGGGUACACGAUUUGCACCCAGUUUUGCAAACCUCUUCAUGGCCCAUUGGGAGCAUGAAAACAUAUACCAACAGAACCCAUGGAAAGAUAAAAUACUAUUAUGGAACCGUUACAUCGAUGACGUCAUAUUUUUUUGGAGAGGGGACAGGGAGAGUCUAACCUUGUUUUGCGAACAUCUCAACCAAAAUGAUAGAAACAUUGUCCUUACAUUUGAAACCAGUCAGACUGAAAUCAACUUCCUUGAUCUCACCAUUUAUAUCAAGGAUGCUAUUAUCCAAACGAAGACCUAUAAGAAACCCACAGACACUAACAAUUACAUCAGUAAAGAAAGUGAGCAUCACAUAAAUUGGCUCAAUGGCAUACCAAAGGGCCAAUUUCUAAGGAUAAGGAGAAACUGCAGUGAGGACACUGUUUGCACGUCUCAAAUUAACGAACUCAAAAACGCCUUCAUUGAAAAAGGUUAUCAACCAGAAAAUUUGGGGACUAUUCAGAUAGAAAUAAUGAACAAAGGCAGGACCUCCCUCAUCCACAACAAGAAACAGAAGAAGAACGAUGACAAAUUCUGCAAUCAUUCACAAUGGUCGUUCAUUACAGGAUAUGACCACCAAUACAAGAAAAUGGAACUCAUCAUCAGAAAACAUUGGAACCUGCUAUGCUUGGACGAUACAUUAAAAAACAUCAUCCCUAAAAAACCCACGUUCAUCUACCGUAAGGCAGCAAAUUUGAAAAACAAACUUGUCCGGAGUGCGCUACCCCAAAACAAUAAUCCUGUUAGAACAAGUGGUUUUCACAGGUGCGGACUCUGUCUCCCCUGCCGACUCAUUAAAACCGAUACAUCAAAAUAUACAGAGAUCACCGUGAAUGGCAUCAACUUCAAAAUCAAGGAUUUCAUUACCUGCCACACCAGUAACGUCGUGUAUUUAGUGGAAUGCACCUGCGGGAAGGCACAAAGGUGGCUCCUAGAACUUGCUGUGAUCUUGGUCUUCGGUGCAUCCGUGUGUUUAAGCAUCUUCCCCCGUUUUCUCCCAUGUGAUGAUCACAGGAAUGCUUCGGUCGUUAUCUGUAGACAACGUCAUCUGAAGCGAGUUCCUCCUAUCACUUCAGACAAAGUCUCUGUCCUGGACUUGUCACUCAAUCACAUCAAACAUCUCACAAACAGAUCCUUCUCUGGUCUCCCAAACCUGGAAACUCUCAACAUGAGUAACAACUGCCAGCCCGAUAACCUGAGGCCGGACAAGGAACGUUGUACUCUCACCAUUCAGCCGGAUGCUUUAGUGAAUUUGAAACACCUGCAAAACCUGGAUCUUAGCGGGAACAGCCUGACCACCAUCCCUCCUCUCCCUGAAAACAUUAAGUAUUUAAAUCUUGGUCUCAACCACAUUUUCACAUUGACAGAGAUGGCUCUUUCUGGAGUAACUAAACUGAAGUCUUUGAUGAUUGGUGGGAACUGCUAUUACCUUAAUAGAUGUGACACCGAAUUUAAUAUCUCAGAACAUGUUCUCAGAAACAUCACGACAUUGGAAAUAUUGCUGCUGUCCUUUAAUAACAUAAGUUCUUUCCCAAGGAACCUCCCACCUUCUCUUACAAACCUUAAUUUGGCAGAGAACAAGAUUUGGAAGCUAGACAGGGAGGAUUUAUGCCAACUACCCAACCUACGGAAGCUGGACAUACGAUGGAACUGCCAGCGUUGCGACCAUGCGGCCCAACCUUGUUUCCCGUGCCUCAAUGACAGUGCUCUGCAGCUUCAAGCUGGAGUGUUUGAUUGCCUCAGCAACCUCACCUACCUCAAUCUCAGGGGAAACUCCAUCCCCACCAUAGACAGCUCUUUAUUUGUCAGACUGCACAACUUAAAAGUUUUAAUUUUGUCUGACAACUUACUAGAUUUAAAGAGAGAAACCUUUUUCUCAAAAUUAAAAAAUGUACAAAUCUUAGAGUUAGAUUAUAAUUUUCAGCCAUUUAGAAUGCAUGAGAGGCUGGUCAUAAAUUCCAGCGCAGUCGCAAUGACGUCGCUCUACAAGAUUUCCCUAGUUGGAUACCAUGUCAAAAUUCUAGAUUUUGAAGGUAUUGAACCUUUGCUCAGGCUGCCAAAUCUGGGUGUUAUAAAUCUCAGAACAAACUUUAUACUCCAGGCAAACUUAAGUAUGUUUCUGUUAAAUGAGAAUUUGCACAGUAUAAGCUUGGCGGAAAAUCUAAUAUCUUUUGAAUCUACCUGUAGAACAGAAAGGGGGCGGACAGAUGUGACUGUACCUCUCUUAAAUCGACAUGAAAACGCAGUUCCAGGCUGGGAAGAACCUGUAAACAUCAAUAAUAAACAUCUCAAGGUCGCCAAUGUCGAGUAUCCACAGUGUUAUCACUAUCAACGGUCAGUUGAUUUAUCAUUUAACAACUUAAUGAGUUUGCACUCAGAUGAUUUUGUGGGCAUGGAAGAUGUAGAAUGUCUAAACAUGAGCUAUAACUUCAUCAAUCAACGCUUAAACGGUUCUCAGUUUGGCCGCUUGAAGUCACUACGCCAUUUGGAUCUCUCAUACAACAGAUUUGACUUGUACUACUAUGCCGCUUUAAGUGAACUCCCAAAACUUAAGAUACUAAAUCUGGCUAACAAUGAGUACCAGUUCAUGAUGAGAGGUGUAAGCCACAGGCUCAAUUUCCUUGAAAAUCUCACUUCUUUGACAGAAUUGAAUCUCAACAACAACUUGAUUGGUUUGCGUAUAACAAAAGAGUUAAAGAACCCUUCUCUGGAGAAGCUCUUUUUCAGGAAGAAUGAGUUGGUGAAUUUGUGGCAAUUUGGCAAAGAGACGUAUACCACCAUGUUCACCAACCUUACACGCCUGAAAGUUCUGGACAUUAGUGCUAAUCAACUCAUCGUCAUCCCAAUUCCAGUUUUAGAACAUUUACCUAAGUCACUUGAGAACCUCAGCAUUUCCUGUAACAACCUGUAUUCCUUUCAUUGGGAUAAUAUAGUCCACCUGGGCAAUCUGAUUCACUUAGACCUCAGUUCUAACAGACUGACGUCAUUAAACAGCAGCAUAAUCGGCAUCCCAAGCAAGCUCGUCUACUUAAAUCUCAAAUCCAAUAGGAUAAGUUCCCUAAACAAAAACUUUUUUAAUUCGUACACGGAGUUGAAGCAGCUAUUCCUGAGUGACAACUAUAUUAAAAUAAUAGAUGUAAGAUCCUUUCCCAAGCAGCUCCUCCAGACUUUAGAUGUUCUAGAUGUGAGCCAGAAUUCCUACGAAUGUACCUGUCGCAGCAGUUGGUUCAUUCAGUUUCUGAUGGAGACGAAUGUUACUGUGGAACAUCUCUCUGAAAAAAUGCAAUGCGACUCACCAGACAUAAUGAGGAGGAAAUCACUUCUCUCUAUGAAUCCAGAAUCGUGUCAGGACUUAUACGGCCAAGCAUGUUUUGUAUGCUCUUGUCUGAUGGUGACCACUUGGAUGGUCACUGCGGUUAUCUGGCAUUUCUUCUCAUGGGAUUUGUGGUACACUAUCAAAGUAAUCAAAGCAUCUGUCACACGCUAUGCAAAGUUAUCUGGAGGAACAAAGGAGGAGUAUGAUGCCUUUAUAGCUUUUGAUACAAAGAACAAUGCUGUGACAGACUGGGUCUAUCAUGAACUUUUGGUGCAGUUGGAAGGACCUACGAGGGACAAGUUUAAUUUAUGUCUGGAAGAAAGAGACUGGUUAGUUGGGAAAUCCAGUAUUGAGAACCUGUAUGAAGCCAUAUACAGAAGCAAAAGGACGGUUUUAAUCCUCACACAUGAAGGAUUUAACACUGGUCUCCUGCGUCAUGCGUUCUUAAUGUCCCAUCAAAGGCUGUUGGAUGAGAAGAAAGAUGUAGUGGUUCUAGUGACUCUUGAUGACAACAUAAAAAUGUCUAGAUACUUACUGACAAGGAAAAGGCUCUGCCCAAACAGUUUUUUGAACUGGCCGAGGAACCCCAGGGCACAUGCCCACUUCUGGCAUAGCUUGCGGGUGCUUCUAAGAGAAGACAGCUUCCAUUAUUAUGAUCCUUGUCUCCGAAAACAGCUGGAACACUAAUCUUUGGGUUCUCCACUUGCCCCAGUUAGUUCAUGUGACACAGGAACACCAUCGGUUGCUGUAUGUAUGAGCAUGUUGGUAUAUGAAAUGUUGUACAUAGAUAACUUCACGCAUCUUCUAAAUCAAAGAU